GAUUAAUUUGACGUUUACAUUUCAUGUGGUUAUAUUGAAUAUCGAUGGCGUAAAUUAAUAUUUGUGAUGUUAAAAUAAUAUAAAUUCUUAACUUAUCUAAAUUAUUAUUGAUUAUGGCUGCCCGUGGAGAGAGAGGUGUUUCACGAGUUCUGGAUAAAUUAGAAGCGUCAGUUAAUGAUGGACAAUUUUAUGAAGCACAUCAAAUGUACAGAACUCUCUAUUUUAGGUAUUUAAGUCAGAAAAAAUAUAGUGAUUUAUUACAAUUACUGUACAAUGGUGCAUUGAUAUUGCUACAACGCGACCAGCAAGGCAGCGGAGCUGAUCUAGGUAUUCUUUUAUUGGAUGUUCUGUCAAAAUCAGAAACUAAGCCCACGGAGGAAUGGAUUGAGAAAAUAGCAAAAUUAUUUGAAAUGAUCAAUGCAAGUGUUCCAGAAAGAGAUACAUUUCUAAUAAAUGCUGUGAAAUGGUCAAUGGAUGAUGGAAAAAUAGGUCAUCCAUUGCUGCAUAAGAGAAUUGCAGAGGUAUACUGGCGGGAAAAGAAGUAUACAGCAGCUCAUAGACACUUUUUACAUUCGAGUGACGGUUCAACAUAUGCUACUAUGCUCAUCGAACUUCAUACAUCAAAAGGACUUAACUCAGAAAUGGAUAUGUUUAUAGCCCAAGCUGUAUUACAAAUACUGUGUUUGAGGAACAAGCAAAUGGCGGAUGAUGCUUUUAAUGAAUACACAAAAUCACAUCCUAAUAUAAAGAAUGACACAGGGCCUCCAUAUCUACUUCCACUUUUGAACUUUUUAUGGUUUCUCUUGAGGGCUAUUGAAGAAAAACAUGUAUUGAAGUUUAAAAUAUUAAGAAACUGGUAUGCAAUAAGUUUAAGGCGUGACCCUAAUUACUCUAGUUACUUGGAUAAUAUUGGACGCAUAUGGUUUGGAAUAGAACUCCCACAAAAUAAUAAAAAUCCAAAUUCUAUGUUAGGUGGCCUUUUGAAGUCUAUUAUAGGAGAUGCUGACAGUUCAGAUGAAGAAAGUGGUCAUGUGGUGCAUAAAGCCAAUGUUCCAGAUUUAGAUUAAGGGAUGAACUUUAGUAGGCAGAUGUAAUAUAGAAGAGUUAUUACUGGUGUUAAAAUGUUUGUAUCAAGGUGAUAUUUUAAUGAAAUUUGAAGGUAUAUUUGUUAGACUGUUUUAUAUGAAAUUAAUCUUCAUGGUCAAGUUUGAUCAUCUUUUAAUUUUCAGCAUCAUGGUCAAUAAU